AUGGCAUCUUGGGAGGCUUCCGAAGCAUCCUUCUUCAGCCUGAGUGGUGUAAGAGAGCGGAUGCGGGAGAAGAAAAUCGGUGCCUUGAGGACUGCGAAGUUGAAUGCCUCGCUUGCAUCAAAAAUCAAAAAGAAAAACAUUAACAACUCCUCCACUAUUAAAGUCUCCCUAAAGCACAACAAUAAAGCACUGGCCCUGGCCCUCAAUGCAGAGAAAGCCAAUGCACAGCGUCUCACCCAGGAGAAGACCAUCUUGCAGAAGGAGGUAGAGCAGUGCCACUUCCAGAACGCUGUGCUGCGGCACAAGCUCUCCUUCCUGAAUAACAUCUUGAAAGAAUUUGAAAACCUUAUGUCUGCAGUUAAGGUGGCCCGUCUCUCUGAGUUUCAUACAAGUUCUGCAUCCUUACCCAAUGGCCACAUGAGCAGCAUGACUGAAGAUAGCUGGGCCAAUGGUAUUGCAGAUGGUCAGCUUGUGAGGGCUGCAGGGAUGCCAAUGAGGGUGCCCAUUCCCAAGCUGUGUGAUGCAGGACAGCAAGGUGGCAGCUUCACAGCAGUACAGACAUCCUCACUAGAUCUUCAGAGACCUGCUUCUAAUGAGCCCCUGGAAAUUGUGCCUGUUGCCUCCAAAGACACUUUGCCACCACAACCUGCUGAGAAGCCUCAGUCCCACUGGGAGGAGAAUGAGAAGAAGCCAACUAAAGCAAUGGAAGUACAAGAGGCUUUUCUUGAUUCUGACAUCUUUGGAGCAUUUGCCUGUGAAAGUCACCCUCUUUCAUGUGAGGGCAAUGAGAUGGCAAAACAGUUAUUUGAUCGUCUCUCACAAGGGCAUGUUACUCAGAGGAGAAAACGUUCCACACUGUUUGCAACAAGCACUCCAUCUUCUGGUGUGGAUAUCUUCCCAUGUCUCAGUUCCACUCAGGCUGAUCGGUGGAGUAUCACAAAGGACGGCAGCAGCUCCAGCAAGAGCAACACACAGCCACAGCUGAAAUCUCCCAGCUCUCUGGUUUCACCUACUCAAACCACUGUUAUUCCUGGUAGAAAAUCUUUGGGUAAAGAGAUUUUCUGUGAUCAGCCACAGGCUAAAGAAACUGGGUGUGGCGUUGAAACAGAUCCCAGCUGUAUCCAAGUCCCUGAGUUUGUUCCUAUAAAGGUUAAAAGCAAAGGUAACUGUAAAACUGGUAAGAAAACAACUGUUAAAAAAGCGAGCACGGAGAAAAAGAAAACAAAUGCAAUUAGAAACAAUGCAGAAAGCAGUCCUGAUCUACUUCAAGGUGAAAAGAGUGCUCAAAAUGCAAAGAAGCUUCUUCAGCUAAAAGUUGCAACCUGUUCUAGUGAGUCUGAAGUUUCUGAGGUGGGGAAGAAGGCUUGUGUGGGGGCUUUCAACAGGAAGAACAGAGGCUGUGAUGUGGAGCAAUGUUCCUGCUCUGCUGAUGAAGUCCGAGAUCUCAGAAAACCACAUGUGGUGAAUCCAGCACACCUGCACAGUCUUGAAAGUGGUGACUUGCUGCAGCAGGUUAAGAAGGAAGUUAAUGUUGUGAUCCAAAGCAUGGAGAACUUGUCAAAACCCACAGUUCAUAGCUUCUCAAGUCACAACAUCCCCUCAGGUGAUUCCAGUCUACAAGAUUCACUUUUGAGGAAAGAGACCUCAAGUGCCCGUGCUUUGCAAGAGGACUCAAGUGUGAACACAAAGAGCAUCAGACAGAAAAUCAACAGAAAAACUAACAUAAUUAGGCAAAUAGAUGACUCUGAUGAGGAGAAUCUCCCAAACAGCGUGAAAAUACCAGAGGCCAAAGCUGAAGAACAGCCUAAAAGAAGGCGGACAAGCAGGAAAAAGACUGUCAGGAAAAGCAGUUGUAGUGAUCAGAGAAAGGAAGCUGAUGUUUUCGGGCCAUGUAUAGAUGUUCAAGGAAUAGCUAAGGAGAGCACAAAGGAUUUGCCAGGUAAUCUUAAACGUAGCAGGAAAACUUACAUUGUCUGUCCCUUGGAUCUUGCAGAAAACAUGGCAUGUGUCCAGACAGAUUUUGAAGGGGGUGAAAUUGUACCUCCCAGGUCUAUUCCUGGUAGCAAACCUAGCAAAAUCCCCAGAGUUCAGAGGGCGGUAGCUGCUCAGAGCAGUAGAAAACAGACAGGAGGCCUUCAAGAAAAGGGACAAGCUAAAGUUGACAACAAUGUGAAUGCUUCAGAAAAAGAGGCUUAUCCCAAACCAAAGCCUCAGAGGAAGAGGAACACCUCCAGUCCUCCAGAGACUGAUUCCCUGGCCAGACAAAGUGAUGGUGCCAAGGUGCUCAUUGGCAGUUCAGCAGAACUUGCAUCCAAGCAAACUGUCCUGACACACAAGUUUUCCUGCAUUACAGAUCUGCUGCCUGAGCCAGAUGCCUUCCUGGAGGAGCAGAUAGCUGAGAUAUCACUUACAAAUAAUCUUAUGGACACUUCACACAGUCUUGAAUCCUCCUCUGUGACUUGUUCUGUAGCUUUGCCUGUCAGCUCCGGGCUUACAGAUGUACUGGUUUCCAAGAGCUUAAGUACUGGGGGCAACAGAAUGCCAGAGAAAUCCUCUGUUUGGCCAGAAAGCUCCGCGAUACUGAAAGAAAAAACUGCAGAGGAAAUACCUGGGGAAAGAAACCAGGCUGAGUCAAGUUCUCGCAGCACACCAUCACAGGAACCUGAGAUCAGGCCACUACAGGACUUGACUAAUGCGAGGACUUUGCCUUCCUCCAGCUUGGAAGAAGUGUCAGGGCGCUCAUCCAGGCGGAGACAACAUCCAGCCUGCUACGCAGAGCCAAAACUCAACAGAUACAAGUACCUAAACAAGUAG